UUUAUGCAUUCUUCCAAACCACAUUCCUCAAUCUUCACUCACAUUUUUCUUUUAUUUGUUACAUUCUUAUUCUCUCUAAGAAUAAUAAUGUCAAAUAUGAAUUUCAUUUUCUAUGUCUUAGUAGUACUAGUUCUAGUUCUACAAAAUCCUACUAUAACACAAUGUCAUACCAAAGGAAUUAGACCAAGGCCUUCUAAUGGAAAUCCAAUUAUAUCUACCAAUAUGACCAAAGUACAAGAAUCAGAACAACAAUUCAUGAAAUGGGUCAAAUUUGUUGGUGGUCUCAAACACACUGUCUUUAGAACUGCCAAAAAUAAGCUUUUUCCUUCUUAUAGUUUGAAUGUUUAUAAUAAAAAAUCUGGUAAAGGAGGAUUUUCUUCAAUUCAAGCUGCCAUUGAUUCUCUUCCUUUCAUCAAUCUAGUUAGAGUUGUCAUUAAGGUUCAUGCAGGUGUUUAUACAGAGAAAGUUAGCAUUCCAGCAUUUAAAUCAUUCAUAACAAUAGAAGGAGCAGGUGCAGAUAAAACAAUUGUUCAAUGGGGUGACACUGCUCAAACACCUAAUCCUAGUGCAAAAGGACAGACACUAGGAACCUAUGGUUCAGCAACUUUUGCAGUUAAUUCACCUUAUUUCAUUGCUAAGAACAUCACAUUUAAAAACACUGCUCCAAUUCCAGCACCAGGAGCAGUUGGAAAACAAGGAGUGGCAUUGAGAAUUUCAGCAGAUAAUGCAAUUUUUCUUGGUUGCAAAUUCUUAGGAGCACAAGACACAUUGUAUGAUCAUAUUGGUAGGCACUAUUACAAAGAUUGUUAUAUUGAAGGCUCUGUUGAUUUCAUAUUUGGCAAUGCUCUUUCUCUUUUUGAGGGUUGUCACGUGCAUGCAAUAGCACAAAAUACAGGAGCACUAACAGCACAAGGAAGGAGCAGUUUAUUAGAAGACACGGGAUUCUCGUUUGUACACUGUAAGGUCACGGGAUCAGGAGCACUAUACCUUGGAAGGGCUUGGGGUCCCUUCUCUAGAGUUGUCUUUGCUUACACUUACAUGGACAAUAUCAUCAUUCCCAAAGGAUGGUAUAAUUGGGGUGAUCCCAACCGUGAAAUGACUGUAUUCUAUGGACAAUACAAAUGUACUGGAGCAGGAGCAAGCUAUGCAGGGAGGGUAUCAUGGUCAAGGGAACUCACUGAUGAGGAAGCUAAACCAUUUAUUUCACUUAGCUAUAUUGAUGGAUCUGAAUGGAUUAAUUCUUUCUUAUGAUUUAAGAGAAAAUUAGCUUGAUUUUCUCAUGUGACAAAUUUUUUAUGUAUAAAUUUAAUAAUACGUAUAUAUAACAAUUUGAUAGUGCCUUUCAGAUUCUCCUUUCCAUAUUUUUCGUGAUUUAGAAUCAUAACCCAACUGGUAGUUGUCGGGUUCUUUUGAGAAUGUCAUUUGUUUCAAAAAUGUGAUCACUCUAUUCUGUCAGGAAAAAAAAUUAAAUCAACAAAA